GAGCGAAGGUUUUCCAUGGCGGGGCGCAGGCCCCGUGCGCCCCCGGGGAGCAGGCUGCGAGCGGUCCUGCAGAAGCUCGGCAAAGCGGACGAAACAAAGGAUGAGCAGUUUGAGCAGUGCGUGCAGAACUUCAACAAACAGCUGACAGAAGGCAGCAAGCUGCAGAAGGAUCUCCGAACUUACCUGACUUCUGUAAAAGCGAUGCACGAGGCCUCCAAGAAGCUGACGGAAUGCUUGCAGGAAGUGUAUGAGCCGGAGUGGCCGGGGAGAGACGACACCAACAAAAUAGCUGAGAACAAUGACCUGCUCUGGGUGGAUUUCCAUCAGAAGCUUGUUGAUCAGGCGCUUCUAACCAUGGACACUUACCUUGGCCAAUUCCCGGAUAUCAAAUCUCGCAUCGCCAAGCGAGGGAGGAAGCUGGUGGAUUACGACAGCGCCAGGCACCAUUUUGAAUCCUUACAAACCGCAAAGAAGAAAGACGAAACCAAAAUCGCCAAGGCGGAGGAAGAGCUGGUGAAAGCCCAGAAGGUGUUCGAGGAGAUGAACCUGGAUCUGCAGGAGGAGCUGCCCUCGCUAUGGAAUAGGUGGAUGAGGGUAGAGGGAGGACAGGAGGAGGAGGUGGGGAGAGCCAGCAUCAGUGGGACGAAAGCAAAAGGCGUCAACACGUUCCAGAGCAUCGCGGGCCUAGAGGAGAACUUCCACAAAGAAAUGAGCAAGCUGAACCAAACCCUCAACGAUGUCCUGGCGAACCUGGAGAAGCAGCAUGCUGGAAAUCAUUGUGUGCUGUCCUCCCCCCCCAGAAAGAAAACUAAACUGUUCUCCCGGCUGCGGAAAAAGAUGAGCAGCGACAGUACCCCAGCGAAAGCAAACAAAAGCCCCUCGCCUCCUCCCGACGGGUCCCCCAUCACCAGCCCCGAGAUCAAGACCGUCAACCAUGAGCUGGAACCAUCCUCUUUGGAAGCACCCGGGGCUGGCAUCCCUAAGUCUCCAUCUCAGAGUUCCCUGCCUGCUGUCGUGGUGGAGACCUUCCCGGCCACCGUGAAUGGCACCGAGGAGAGCCGCGCCACCUCCGAAAGGGCCGACAUGCCCCCAGGCUUCCUGUUUAAGGUGCAGGCCAUGCACGACUACGUGGCCACGGACAACGACGAGCUGCAGCUGAAGGCUGGGGACGUGGUCCUGGUGAUUCCGUUUGACAACCCGGAUGAGCAGGAUGAAGGAUGGCUGAUGGGCGUGAAAGAGGCCGACUGGCUGCAGCGUAAGGAACUUGACCAAUGUCGGGGGGUUUUCCCGGAGAAUUUCACAGAGCGGGUGCAGUGAGAGCCCGGCGCGCCCAGCUGAUUUCUCUGCCAGAAGAAAGCAAGUUUUCCGAGAGGCGUUUUCAAAGCGAAAGAGAAUUUUAAAGGAACAUAAGCCUAGAAAAGUGUCAACGUAAAGGUUGGAGUCUUCUCAGAGAGCAAGGUUUUAGCAGUAAAUUGAAUUCAAAGUGUUAUUAAAAUAUAUACAUACUAGUAAGACAGGUCAAAUACCCCUUUCCCCCUUUGAUUUGACAGCAUUUGAAUUCCGAGGCAGAUGCAGAUGUGGCUUAGUGUGGUACCACUACCUGUUGUGUUAGCUGAAUUUUGGGGAUGUCAGUCUGAUAUCAGAAGAGGAAAUAGGAGUCUUUGUGGAUCUAGGCCUAAGCUAACUGCCACUGAAAUCAACUGAAGUUAGGAUCUUAAAUAUCUGUGAGAAUCUGAGCCCCACCGUCCAAUGCUCUGAGCCUAGAAGCAAAGAUUACUCACGGGUGGGGUGUGUGGUGAGGGGGGGAUUCAGCUGUUUUGUGAUCUAGGUGGCUGACAUGGCAUCCCUAAAGUUUCAGGCACUGCACAUGUUACGACCUAUGAUAGGCCAAAUGUCCUGUUAUGCUGUUGAAAAGACAUAUUUAGUGUACAGUGUUUGCCAAUAUGACGUGUGCGUGUGUGUGUGUGUUUUCUUCCUUUGAAGAUGUAACAUGAACUGUGAUUUUAUACCUUUAAAAGCAAGCAUACAAGAAGUUAUCAGGAAGAGUGCAUAGGAGAUUGACGUGUGUGGCUGGGCUUGGUCCAAAACUCUUCCAAGCCUAGGAGCUGGCCUAGACCUACAGCUCAUGUCACCCUGGGAAGUAUUCUUGAAGGAAAACGGGGAAACUGGCAAACAGAAGAAGAAAAAUCGGAAACUUUGGCUUUGUUCAAACUAGCUGUGAACGAAUCCUCAUCAUAAAAAAAGUCUGUUAAUAAAGCAGGAAAGUUUAGUUAGGGAGGUUAGGGAUGGUCUUGGGAUCUGGCUGCUUAGAGCAGUUUUAGGAGAAAACAGAGGGUCGGAGACAUACCACUGAGAAAACAACUCUGCUUUCUGUGUUUA